CGUUUCUGAAAAGCAAAGGAGAUUGGCGUUUAGUUCUUCAAUAGAGAAGUGAUACAGAACAAGUAUUUAUAAUACGUCAUUUAUUUGUGCUACAGAAAAUUGUUCAUUGGACGCUCAAUUUUAGCGGUGGAGGAGGUCCAAACAAGUAAAGAAGAGAAGGGAGCGAUUGCCAAUGCUGCCUUCGCGCUCAGUUGUACUUAAGAUGAUGCAGAGUCAAGCCUGUGUGGAACACCGUAUUGAUGACUUCCCCAAACCGUUUAGUCAUCAAUUCACACCUCACAAACAAAAUGAUUUCUCUUUUGCUGUUAGGGAAAUCUGUUCAUCCACUGGAAAGUUUAUCCCUGGUUUGAAGAUUUCUAAAGUAAUCUUUCUUGGUGACGUUGCAGCAGGAAAGACAAGUCUUGUCAACAGGUUUUGUCAUAAGGUAUUCAGCAGUAACUACAAGGCUACAAUUGGUGUAGACUUUGAAGUAGAACGUUUUGAUAUACUGAAGAUCCCAUUUAAUCUCCAAAUCUGGGACACAGCUGGACAAGAACGUUUUAAAUGCAUAGCAAGUUCUUAUUAUCGUGGUGCACAAGUUAUUGGAGUUAUUUUUGAUUUGUCAAAUAUUUAUUCACUUUCUAAUUGUGCCAAGUGGCUAGAGGAGGCCCUUGCCUGCAAUGCCUUGCGUCCAAUUAUAUUCCUCAUAGGUACCAAAAGUGACCUUCUAUCCUCUUCAGCCUACAAACAUGUAGAAAAACUGGCCACUCAAGUUGCCCAACAACUUGGAGCUGAGUACUGGGCUGUUUCCUCUCGUACUGGAGAUGGUGUCAAUGAGCUGUUUUUACGAAUAGCAGCCUUAGCAUUUGAAGUGUCUGUUCUUCGGGACCUCCACACUGCUGGUAUUAAACUGUCAAUUGGAACGGAGCUUGUUUGUAAGUACAAUUUACCCAUAUAAACUUUGAACAUGAUUUUAUUCUUGUUGACGAAAUCAGGACAUACAUAAUUUCUAAACUUACAGCCUUAAAAACACUAGAACCACCAAAGAAAUCAAAUAAAUUCAAAUGCAGUGGAUCAACUUGUACAUAAUCCAAUCAACAAUAUGAAUUGAGGUGCAAGAAAUAUACAAAAGACUUUCUUCUUGAGUUAUAGUAAUAAUUGUGCAAAAAAGAUUCCCAAAAGGGAACAAAAUUGCUUUCUCACCCAUUCUUUCUAUUCCGGCAAAAGGUGGACCAAAUCUUGACUAUUAAAUUUCAAAUUUUAAUAGAUUCAGGUUCCACAUAUAUCCGCUUAUUGCCAUAGGAACAGAUAUAAGUUUCAAUAAAGAAGAAAGUCAAAGAAACCCACAUAAUAAGUGGACAUUCAUUGCACCGUUUUUUCUCAGGUAAACUCACAACCCUCAAAAGGUCCAUAUUUGCAAAUAUAACAUACAUCACAGUAUCAGUCAUGUUGUUAAAUAGCAGACCAUUUGCUGUAGGGAUCUCUCCCUCAGCACUAUUUUGGGGCUGUAGAAAUUCAUGGUCACUUACAUCCAAAACCAGGCAGAUAUUCUAGUAAUGAAAUAACUUUGGUUCAUUUCUGUUACAAGAAAAAAUGGUAAAU